AUGACAAUGCGAGCGAAUUCUAUUUCAAUUGAGCAAGAAAACAAAUUAAAAGACGCUUUUGCUUUAUUUGAUCGUAUUGGCGGUGGUGCUAUUCGUACAAAAGAUCUUGCCUAUGUUAUACAUUCGAUUGGUUAUCAAACAACUUCGGCUGAAUUAGAAAAAAUGAUACGAGAAGCUGAUCAAGAUGGUAAUGGUCUGAUAGAUUUUGAUGAGUUUAAAUCAAUGAUGAAUCGUAAAGGUGACAGUAAAUUAGAAAUUUUCAAUGAUGAACUUGUUAACGAAGCUUUCCGGAUCUUUGAUAAGGAUGGAAAUGGUUUUAUUACUGAGAUGGAACUUCGUUCUGUGAUGAGUAAUCUUGGUGAAAAAUUAACCGAUGACGAACUUAAUGAUAUGAUUCGAGAAGCUGAUUUAGAUGGAAAUCGUCAAGUAGAUUAUGCAGAAUUUUCUGCAUUAGUUCGUCGUCUUCUUCAAAUACAAAAUCUUUCAACAAAUCUAAAUUUAGUUGAUAACUCAGGAGCAUACGAAGGUCGGGGAAUUAUUCCAUAUAUAGAUGAUGAUGAUCUGGAUGAAGAUUACAAUGACCAAAUCGAUUAUAAUGAUAGAAGAUAA